GUUACUUGCUAAUCUGAACGGUUAGGAAACUAUGGGGAAAAUGUGGGGCAUUUUAGUAUGUGUGGCUCUCUGGUACAGCAGUGUAAGCAAUGCUGCUGUAACCUCAUGGAGUCUACAAGCAGAAAAGCAACCUCAAAACCAGCAGCUUCCUGGAUCGUCUACUCAAUUUCCUUGGUUGUUAACACAGUUUCCUAGACCUGUUUCUGAUCAGCUACCUGGUUUGUCUUCACAGUUUCCCAGGCCAGUCUCUCAACAGCUCCCUGGCUCGCCUGUGCAGACCCCGGGCUCACCUGUGCAGCUCCCUGGAUCAUCAGUCCAGCUCCCUGGAUCAUCAGUCCAGCUCCCUGGAUCAUCAGUCCAGCUCCCUGGAUCAUCAGUCCAGCUCCCUGGAUCAUCAGUCCAGCUCCCUGGAUCAUCAGUCCAGCUCCCUGGAUCAUCUGCACAGCUCCCUGGAUCAUCAGUCCAGCUCCCUGGAUCAUCUGCACAGCUCCCUGGAUCAUCAGUCCAGCUCCCUGGAUCAUCUGCACAGCUCCCUGGAUCAUCAGUCCAGCUCCCUGGAUCAUCUGCACAGCUCCCUGGAUCAUCAGUCCAGUUCCCUGGAUCAUCUGCACAGCUCCCUGGAUCAUCAGUCCAGUUCCCUGGAUCAUCUGCACAGCUCCCUGGAUCAUCAGUCCAGUUCCCUGGAUCAUCUGCACAGCUCCCUGGAUCAUCAGUCCAGUUCCCUGGAUCAUCUGCACAGCUCCCUGGAUCAUCAGUCCAGUUCCCUGGAUCAUCUGCGCAGCUCCCUGGAUCAUCAGUCCAGCUCCCUGGAUCAUCAGUCCAGCUCCCUGGAUCAUCAGUCCAGCUCCCUGGAUCAUCAGUCCAGCUCCCUGGAUCAUCAGUCCAGUUCCCUGGAUCAUCUGUGCAGCUCCCUGGAUCAUCAGUCCAGUUCCCUGGCUCAUCUGUGCAGCUCCCUGGAUCAUCAGUCCAGUUCCCUGGCUCCUCUGUGCAGCUCCCUGGAGUGUCUUCUCCGCAGUUUCCAAGGCCAUUCCCUCAGCAGCUACCUGGCUCGCCUGUGCAGCUCCCUGGCUCCCCUGUGCAAUUUCCAGGCUUGUAUUCUCCCCAGUUUUUAGGGCCAGUCCCUCAACAGCUACCUGGCUCCUUUUCUAUGCAGUUUUCUAGGUAUGGUCCCCUGCUGAGCGAUGCUACUAAAUGCCAACUGGAUGAUGCUGAUAAAAUUCCAUGUGGAGAACCUGGCAUAGAUGCUUCUCACUGCGGUGCUAUAAACUGCUGUUUUGAUGGCCAGCAGUGCUACUAUGGAAGAACAGUAACUGUCCAGUGCACAAUAGAUGGCCAGUUUGUGCUGGUAGUGGCCAGGGAUGCAACUCUUCCCAGGAUCAGCUUGGACUCCAUCAGCCUGUUGGGAGGAAGUGAUGGACCCUGUGGUGUUGCUGACUAUAAUGCUGACUUUGCUAUAUACCAGUUUCCUGUAACUGCUUGUGGCACAAGAGCAACGGUGCAAGGGGACUAUGUGGUCUAUGAGAACAAAAUGGUGUCUUCCUAUGAAGUUGGAGUGGGACCCCUUGGUGCCAUCACAAGAGACAGCCAUUAUGAGCUUUACUUCCAGUGUAGAUAUUCUACUACAAGCGUUGAAUCCCUGGCUGUUGCUCUUUCAUCCAAUGAUCCUCCUCUACCUGUAGUGGCUUCUGGUCCCCUCAGGGUAGAGCUGAGACUUGGCAAUGGACAGUGUGUCACAAAGGGCUGUGUGGAAGAGCAAGUAGCCUAUACCUCCUACUACACUGAGGCUGAAUACCCUGUGACCAAGGUCCUGAGGGAUCCUGUGUAUGUUGAGGUGCGCAUGUUGGCGAGGACCGAUCCCAAUCUGGUCCUGGUCUUGGGACGCUGCUGGGCAACCUCUACACCUAACCCCAACAGUGUUCCUCAGUGGGAUCUCCUGGUGAAUGGGUGCCCGUACAAGGAGGACCACUACCUGACCAAUCUGGUUCCUGUUGAUGGGUCAUCUGGACUUCCAUACCCUAGCCAUUACAAGCGCUUCGUCCUCAAGAUGUUCACUUUUGUGAAUCCUACUUCCAUGGCUCCUUUGAAAGAGAGGAUCUACAUCCACUGCAGUACGGCCGUGUGUUCACCGACUGCAGGUGCCACUUGUCAACCCAAGUGCAACAGGAGAAGGAGAGAUGUUGGUUCAGCUCUAUGGAAUUCCAAUCCUGUAUCGGUAGUCUCUAGUGGAGAAGUGAUCUACACACAGUAUUAAGUGAAGCCUCAUGAUACUGAAUAAAGUUGUCUUGAUUUCAAA